AUGCUCUUCAACGUGGUGCUCCCGCUGCUUGGCCUCGUGGGCGCCGCGCUCGGCAUUGGAACUCUAACCGACGACGACCUGCGCGGUCUACCGUCUCCCGGCGACGAUUUCGAUAUUCACAAGGGGAAGCUCCUAGCUCCGAUCCUCAUACCGCGAGUGCCCGGCACGGAAGGGCAGAAGAAGACGCAGCAGCACUUUGUCGACUUCUUCCAGGCCAACUUGCCGGAAUGGGAAAUCGUAUGGCAGAACUCAACCUCCAAGACGCCGGCGACUGGCAACAAUGAUAUCCCUUUCGCAAACAUCAUUCUGCGCCGCGAUCCUCCGGGGUAUCGGGAGGGAGAAGUCGGGAGGCUGACGCUGGUGGCGCAUUACGAUAGCAAGAUUGACCCCAAGGAUUUCAUCGGGGCGACAGACAGCGCGGCGCCGUGCGCGAUGCUAAUGCACAUUGCGAGGAGCAUCGAUGGGGCGUUGAAGUCCAAGUGGGAUGCCAUGUCUGCGAGCGGCGACCUUGACGACAACUUGGAGCCUGGUGUUGGGGUGCAGAUCCUGUUGCUGGACGGAGAGGAGGCUUUCGUGCGCUGGACGCACACGGACUCGCUGUACGGCGCAAGAUCGUUGGCCGAGACGUGGGAGUCCGAGUUUCAUCCUUCCAUGUCGACUUUCAGGACGCCUCUGCACUCCAUCAGCCUCUUUGUUCUCUUGGAUCUUCUCGGGUCGCCUAACCCUCGCGUACCAUCCUACUUUUUGACCACCCAUUGGGCUUACAGAAACAUGGCGGCGCUGGAGAAGCGCAUGCGUGACUUGGGACUGCUUGAAUCCAACCCUAGCAAGCCCUUCCUACCAGACGCAGAGAAGCGUGCUGAUCAAUUCGGCUAUGGAGGCAUCGAAGACGACCAUAUUCCCUUCCUAAGAAGGGGUGUUGAUAUCCUUCACUUGAUUCCCACUCCGUUUCCUGACGUGUGGCACACAAUGGCGGAUGAUGGCGAGCAUCUUGACAUGCCGACUGUGUCGGAUUGGACAAAGCUUGUCAUGGCAUUUACGGCAGAGUGGAUGGACUUAUCCGGACACUUCCCAAAGGCCGCCUCUAAGGAGAAAAGGAGCGAAACCACGAUUGAAACCAGCAAAAAGACUGAAUUAUGA